AUGGAUUCAUUCUUCAGUGAUGAUUCAUCUGACUCUAAUUCUUAUGAAUUAGAUGAUCUUGAUAGAAGGCGACACAAUUUGUUCACUAAAGAAGAUGAUGAGACUUUAAAAAGUAUAAUAAACAAGUAUUUCCAAAAUGAUUUGCGUAAUAUUAAUUGGAAUUUUGUUGCACUUCAUAUGGCAAAUAAAAACAGACGUCAAUGCAAGGAUAGAUAUAUUAACUAUCUUCGUGAUGGUCUAAACAACGAAAAGUUUAGUGCUGAAGAGAACUUUCUCCUUCUCACUAAAGUGGAAGAAUUUGGACAUCGAUGGCGUGUGAUUUCAAGAUUCUUCAGGAAUCGUACAGACAUUAUGAUCAAAUCACAAUAUAGAAAACUUAUGCGCCGUAACGCAACAAAAGAUAAUGUAAGGUUUGUUGUUAUUGAAAAGCGAAAGAAGAAAGCACAUCAAGUCUCCAACAGUAUAAACAGUACAAAAAAUACUGAACAACUCAAUUUUGAUGGCAUUAUAAAUGGAAACUUGUCUUCAAAUAUUGAAACCCAAAUCAACAUCAAUGAUAUUACAAGUGCUUUCAAAGAUCUUGAUGAUAUUGAUGAAUUUACCAAGUUUUAUGAGUAA